CCUGGUAGAUCUUGACCCUAAGGUCGGGACCGGUCUUGCUGCCAAGCUGAUCUUGUCGCAGGGCGGGGCUUUGCCUCGGGUCAGGUGGGGGCGGGGCUUUUCGCUGGGAGGGGCCUGCGCUAGCGCCCUGUGAAGAUCUCCGAACCAGGCCGGGGGUGCCAGCGUCCCCAUGGGGCUGUGUUUCCCGUGCCCCGCGGAGUCCGCACCGCCAUCCCCGAGCCCGGAAGAGAAAAGAGCAAAGCUGGCAGAGGCAGCAGAAAGAAGACAGAAAGAGGCCGCAUCUCGAGGGAUUUUGGAUAUUCAGUCGGUGGAGGCAAAGAGGAAGAAGAAAGAACAGCUAGAGAAGCAGAUGGACACACCGGGGCCACCAGCAGGUGGACUUAGGUGGACAGUAUCAUGAAGCAUCUCAUACUGCAGGAGAGUCCUGCAGCUACAGCAUCUGCAGUCGGAUGGAUUUCAGCUGAAUCUCUCUUUUUCACAUUGAUGAAGAGUCAGACUUUGUAUUGUUAGUGCCCUUGAGAGCAGUGCGAAAACUAUGCUAAAAAUUUUGGUAAAAUUUUUGAUUUCCAAACUUACUGAAUGACUCAUCUUUUCGUUGAAUUUCACUUUCCCUAUAUUUAUUUUCUCUUCUGCCAAAAGAAACUUUCCAUUUUUUUUUGUAGUUAAAAUAUGGCUCCAAAAGGUAUAUAUGCAUGCUGUGCUCUGGUCCCACACAUAUCUUCAAUGUUGGAUUUGCUGUAUAAGUUACCUUGCUACUUAGGGCCAUGGGGCACAGCCUUCUGUAUGUUUCUGUUUCACUGUUUGGAAGACUGGCUUCAACUUCCGGACUUAGUGCCUUUAAGCUGAUCAUCAGGGAAAAUUCUAAAGAUGCAUUUGAAGGACUUUAGGUGAAGGAAUUCUUUAUUUUUAUAACCCACUAAGAAAUUAAUAUUUGUAGGCAAAUGUUGACUUUCUGCUAAUUUAUUUUCUAUACUUAUGGCAUAUCAUAGUAACUUGAAGUUACAUAUCAGUAGUACAUCACAGUGUGGAGACCUUCUGAUGUGUCCUACCAGAAGCAUGAGCAUCUGUGCAGUGGCUGAAUGAGGACAACUGAGAAGCAGGUUGGUGAUGAGUGAUAAUAUAUUUGUUAAAGUUCUAUGAGCAUUUUUAUCUUUUGUACUUUUAAAGAAUAAUUGUAAGAUGUAUGUAGACAUGACAUUGCCAAUGAAAGUAUGAAAGAGAGAUGCAUAAGUUCUGUACUUGGGAAGGUUGUCUUCAGGUGUGCCAGGAUCAGGAGACAAUUUGAUGUGAUAGACAAGAGGUCUGAAGAACUCUGUUCAUUAGACUUGAUUUAUGACAUUGUGGCUUGUUUUCUUCUUACUACACAAUAAUUGAAGAUGCAAGGCUGCUGCUUCUGUGGUUUACAAUGCCAACACCAGAUUCCCUACCUUAAAAUUUAUUCUAAAUGCCAGUCAGGAAUCUGAAUGAGUUAGGCCAGGUCAGGCAACAAAAGGAAACUGAGCCACCAGCUCACCUGUCCCUCUGACAAGGUGUUGGACAGUGUGUUGAGCAUGUUCUUUUUAAAGAAUUGAAACUAUAAUAUAGGCCUCAUGAUGCCUGAAGAAGUACUUUUCUAUUGUUCAAAAUAUUUUGUGACUAUCUAGGCAAGACAUAUAAUUCUAUCAGCUCAGUUUUCUUCAUUUAUAUAUUAGUGAUAUGUUCCUUCAUAAAGGAUAGUGAAAUCCAUAAAUUGAAUUUUAGAAAUUAUUUUAGUGUAUUUUGAUAUUAGUAUUUAUAACAUAGCUGAAUGGGGAGAGAUGCAGCACACACCAUCCUUCGUUAUUAGAAGCCUUCUUUUAGCACAGACAUCACAUUCUCUUCACUUUAUCUUCAAGAAUUAGAACUUGGGUUUUGCAAAGAGAAGGCUUGCUUUCUAGAGGUAGUACUGCAUUUAUAACUAACUGGCAUACUUACCUACUCUAGAGGCACACAUGACAUACAGGUGUAUUGCUUUCUUGGGAUAAGUGGGAUACACUGCUUUUUACCAACUGUGGGCUGCGUCUGCCUUCCCAAGGCCAUGUGCAUGGCUAUGGCCUGCUCCAUAGAUAUGAUGAUGUGCUCAGCCUUUCCAAAAGCUACACAUGCCAUAGGUACUAAAUUGUGACUUGAAUUUCAUGAAUAUGAUUAAAAAGAGGAAAAAGGAUGCUUGAUAAGAAACUAAAAAAUGGCUAUUAAAAUCAUAUAAACAUGUAAAUAUUUUGCUUAGGCUAUGGAUAGUGGUAUAGAGGCAAGAUUUUUAUAAUUUACAGAUUAAAUAACAAAACAUUAUAGUGUUGAAUAUAUCUUCCAAAUGUUAUAACCAAAUUACUAAAACAAAAGAAACAGUCAGAUGGAGAAAGGUAACCAAUGUAUACAAGCCACAGUCCUUAUUCUAAUUCUGAAACUGAUACCGCUGAUGAUAAAAGAGUUACAUAUAUCAUUAUAGAACAUCUCUGUGACACAUUGCAUGUUUUGGAGACAUCUGUAAGUGGCUCUUUUAUCCAGUUUGUGUUAUGAUUAUAUCCAGAAUGUGAUUUAUUAGUUUUCUAAUAUAUUAUGAGCCUACAUGUUAUAUAUUCUGCAUUGUCUUUGAGUAUAUGAAUCUACAGCUUUCUAUAUAAAAGUCCUCUCUGGACAUCUCUUUACUUAAAGGUCUUUACUACAUCUUAAACACACUAGGAGUUGUCUUUGCAGUUAGAGACUCUUCUGUGUCUCUUGCAUUAAUAAUGGAAAGAAAACUAAUGACUGUCUGGAGGGGUAUGUUUCUUUCCUCAUCCUGUAAAGAAGAAAUGUUAUUAUAUUGUUACUAUCAUUGCCUUUUUAGAUAAAAGUCAUUGUAAAAAGGCUCUGUGCAUCAUUUCCAGAAUCCUGGGAAAUUGAUAUGGAAUUUGAAUUUAUUCUUUAUACAAAAAUUUGACUUAUUUUCACUGAUAACAAUUAUACUGUGUCCUUGGAAGAUGAAAGUAUAACUUGUCAAUUUUGAAUAAAGUAUAAUUUAACAGAUUGGCAAGAGUUA